AAGUAGCUGAGUACCAUAGCCUCGCUCGCGCAGAACAAGACCCAGAGUUCGAGCGACACGUCAUUCCUUGUUGGGUAUAGGAGGCGAGAAUGAUCGCUUGAAAUCAUGGAGAGAAAGUGGGGGAGGCGGAGAUGCUGGCUCACGUGGAAGGUCGGCCCAAGAGCACAUUUGCAAAGACUUCCGAGCACUGUGCAUCGCUCGUGCUCUUAUCGAUGGAGCGCUCGCUGAAACUUCAGUGUGCCUCUGCUACUUCCAACAUGCCUCGAAGACGAGGCCGCAUGGCACAUAAAGACCGCUGGGUCACCACCCAAGGGCUUCGACCAGCACAACGGUCAGAUCACAGCAUCUUCUCCUAAGUCCAGCUACUCUUCCGGCCAUAAUCAUUCCUGACCGGGCUUGUAUCUCUCACACUAGUUCAUAAUGGCUGCCAAACGCAACUUCGUCGCCGCAGCAGAUGUUGCCGAACUAGCACGUGUCAACACCCAUGUGCUCGACACAGCAGUCCAGGCCACGGAGGCCGAAAGAUCUAUGACCCUUUGGGAAGGCAUUAAGACGUACCCGAAGGCUGUCGUAUGGUCUGUCCUGCUGUCAACUUGCAUCGUAAUGGAAGGUUUCGAUCUUGUGCUCGUCUUCUCACUCAUCGGUCUCCCUGCCUUUCAGAAGCGGUUCGGAGAGCUUCAGCCAAACGGCUCUUACGAGAUUUCUCCCGCAUGGCAAUCUGGCCUGACGAACGGUGCGACUGUUGGCGAGAUUCUCGGCCUGCUCUUCGUCGGCAUGUCAGCCGAGCGAUUCGGUUACCGCUGGACCUUGAUCGGCUCACUGGCACUCAUCUCAGCCUUCGUUUUCCUCGCAUUCUUCGCCCAGAACCUGACUAUGCUAGUCAUUGCUGAGAUCCUUUGCGGCCUGCCAUGGGGAGCCUUCCAAACGCUGACUACCACCUACGCUGCUGAAGUCUGCCCUGUCUCCCUUCGAGCCUACCUCACAACAUACGUCAACCUCUGCUGGGUCAUCGGACAAUUUCUCUCGUCUGGUGUUCUCAAGGGCGUUGCUGGUCAAACAGGUCCCAUUGCCUAUAAACUACCGUAUGGUUUGCAAUGGAUCUGGCCGGUACCGUUGAUCAUUGGAAUCCUUCUCGCUCCUGAGUCGCCGUGGUGGCUGGUACGGAAAGGCAAGUUCGAAGAGGCGAAGAAGAACUUGCUGCGCCUCACGUCCCGUAAUCAGAACAACAACUUCGACCCCGACGCAACCAUCAAUAUGAUGGUCUACACUACGGAGUUGGAAAAGGCAAACACUGCCGGUGCUCGCUACCUGGAUUGCUUCAAAGGUGUCAACUUGAGACGCACCGAGAUCGUAUGCAUGGUCUGGGUCAUCCAAGUCCUCUGCGGCUGCUCCGCCAUGGUCGGCUACAGCACCUACUUCUUCGAGCGAGCCGGCUUCGACUCCUCCCACGCAUUUUCGCUUUCGCUUGGCCAGUACGGUCUUGGCGCUGUUGGUGUCUUGGUCUCCUGGUUUCUCAUGACUUGGUGCGGUCGUCGCUCACUUUACUUCUGGGGCCAGGUCAUUCUCGCCAUCGAUUUGCUCAUCGUUGGCUUCCUUGGCAUAGCCGGCGACAAAGCAGGCGCCCUGUGGGCGGUCGGUGCGCUUGUUCUCUUCUUCAAUUUCGUCUACGACGCUACUGUCGGUCCGGUCUGUUACUCACUCGUGGCUGAGCUGUCUUCGACCCGCCUCCGAAACAAGACGGUCGUACUGGCUAGAAGCUUCUACAACGUUGCUGGCAUCAUUAACAACAUCUUGACCCCACGCAUGCUGAGUCCCGGCGCAUGGAACUGGGGUGCAAAGACUGGCUUCUUCUGGGCCGGAGCCGGUAUCCUGUGCUGUAUUUGGACCUUCUUCCGGCUGCCCGAGCCAAAGGGCAGGACAUACGCUGAGCUGGACAUUCUCUUCGAUGCCAGAGUCUCAGCGAGGAAGUUUGCGAAGACGGAUGUUGCUUCUUUCGAUGCUGCUUCGGGGCACUCUUCUGGCGUCUUUCCCAUUUCGGGGAAAAGCGCGGUCGAAAAGGUAGAAGCGGUCUGAACUGUGCCAUAGGGGCUCGUGAGAUGCAACGCUGGACUCGUAGGUUCAUGGGCUGAUUCACGCCUUUCUGUCCCCAUAUGUAGAGCUUUCGAAUGCUACCAUAGCGCAAAUAUUGUUGUUGGACGUCUUCAACGCGGAACAGGAGCUAUGGAAUGCCGCCUCGAAGUGUGCCGACUCCCACUUUCGUCUCUUAGCAGCUCUACCCCGGCUAAAUUGCGAUACUUCUGCUGCCCACCAAUGGCGUCCUUUAGCGUUCUCACAUAAACUUGCCUCGAGUUUGGACUUGCUGACAGAGUAAGCAGCAGAAAACGCAGACACUCAUGAUGCUCC